UGGCUGCCUCACACAUCCAUUUUAAAUCCACAGACCUAAACCAGGAACUGAGGAGAGGAUUCUUCCCCUCUUUCAAGUGGUGUAGAAGGAUGGGAAAAAAGGAUGCAAGUGCUGUCAAGCUGCCUGUGGAUCAGUACCGUAAACAGAUCGGAAAACAGGAUUACAAGAAAACCAAGCCAGCCCUGCGAGCCACUCGGCUGAAGGCGGAGGCGAAGAGAAGUGCUCCGGGAAUCAGGGACAUCAUCUUGGUCAUAGUGGCUGUUCUGGUCUUCCUGUUGGGUAUCUAUGCAUUCUUCUACCUCAACCUAAGUACUGAGCUGAAUCUCGACAUGGAUUGAACUGUUAUCUUCGCCUCAGAGGAUUCUGGGAGGACUCAUGGCUCACAGCAUGCCAGCAGAUUGAUAGUAUUACACAUAUCAUCUUAUUGCCUAUUCCUCUUUGUCUAUUAUACCUGCAGAAGAUGAAAAAAAUGAGUCUUCAAUUCCAUAAAAGCUUGAAGUUCAAAAACACACGUUUUUUGUGUGUGUUUAUCCCUAAAACUUCUUAGAUUAUUAUAAAGCUCCACAUGCCCCGUAGCUUUGAAGAACUUUUUUCUUCAUCCUUUAACAUAAAUCCAUCUAAUCGAUGAGAUGGAAGUGUUUGAAUCAAACUGUUUGGAUUUACCUAUUCAAUAUUUAUAACACUAUGCCUAAUUUUCCCUGUAAAUCUCCCCUGGAAUCAUCUGUAAAUAUUUCAGUGUUUUCCCUCUCAGACAGUCAGACAGACGGUAAGGUAUGUAACCUCCUAUAGCACAAAUGUUGGCUGUAAACAUCUCUGGAGAUGCUAGAGAUUAGAGGAAAAGUAUUUCAGAUCUGGUUUGUGUAUGCAAAUCUUUUUUUGUUACUGCACAACUCAUUAGCAUAUCUAGCAUCAUAAACUUUGCAUAUUGAAAGCCUUCAUGUGCUCUCUAUUUGUCUAUGUCCCUGCAACAUCAGGACAUACAAUACAGUAAGAGGACAUAAAGUAUUAUCAAUUCAUGUGAGAUGAUGUUACUUUUAGCUAGUGAUUAUAUCUUUUGAAGUAUUUCAGGAAGAAAGCAUAGCCCAGCCUUUGGUCUGACAGCUGUUUAUUUUUUUACACACUGCUGCACCUCUGUUUUUACGUGUAUGUAUGUUUAUGGAAAACAUUAAGAGCUGGGUGGAAACUAAAUCUGAUGAUAUUCAAGUUAAUUUACAUUCCCUUUGUAGUGCAUUGGAUCGCGUACAAACACAUAGCGACGACUUAUUUCAUUCCAGAUUGUGAGAGUUGUUUUUAUCUUUCCCUGCAUGAGGUACAUGUCUCUAACUCAGGACAACUGUUUUGCCGCUCAGUCCUUAUUUUCCUGGGACAUCUCACUGUUAUCAUUAAUUCAGGAUUGAUAGGCUAUUGAACAACAUUUUUGUGGUCUGUCUUUGAUUUAAACUCGCACGCUUUCCAAGUUUUUUCACAGCGGGACUGAAUUAAACCAAAAUAGAGUUUCAUGUUCCUCAUUUGACUGUUAUGCUUGUUUCUCUUCUUUUGUUGCUUUCAUACUUGAGAUAAAAUAAUAAACAUUGAUAAAACAUGUUAAUACUGAUGCUUAUUGUGUUAAUAAAAAAAAAGUAGAACAGUGUUGAACUUGUACAUCAGAUCUAGUGCAUAUGGUGUU